AGGCGCUGGUGCCGGCCCAAGCCCCGGGCAGCGCUUUGUCGCGUCCGCCUCUCGGUGAUCGGCUCCGGGUUCCCCUGCUCGGCCCCGCACGCCCCGAGCGCAGUCCCCGGAAGUGCGCGCCGGGGCCCUGGCGAAGUGUCUGAGAAGCCAGCUGGGGCUAAGCAAGUUUUAGAACCUCUACUGGCUGAUGCCAACAUCAUCAGAGAUGAACUGUUCUUACCAGAAACUUCUCUGCUCCUGACAGCACACCUCUCCUCAGAAGAGAAGCGGUAGACUGGCCACGCUGAUUCAGCCAAGCACCUCCAGGAAGUCCCCUCUGGAUGUCCCAUGAGGCUGCUCCUCAGCCACAGCCCAGAGCACAUCGAGAUGGCUUUACUCAGCAACAUCCUAGCGGCCUAUUCCUUUGUCUCAGAAAAUCCUGAGCGAGCAGCUCUGUACUUUGUUUCUGGCGUGUGCGUCGGGCUGGUCCUGACCCUGGCUGCUUUGGUGAUAAGGAUCUCUUGCCACACAGACUGCCGAAGGCGUCCUGGGAAGAAGUUCCUGCAGGACAGAGAGAGCAGCAGCGACAGCAGUGACAGCGAGGACGGCAGCGAGGACACCGCAUCUGAUCUCUCCGUACGGAGACACCGCCGCUUCGAGAGGACUUUGAACAAGAACGUGUUCACCUCCGCGGAGGAGCUGGAGCGCGCCCAGCGGCUGGAGGAGCGCGAGCGCAUCAUCAGGGAGAUCUGGAUGAACGGCCAGCCUGAGGUGCCCGGGACCAGGAGCCUGAACCGCUACUAUUAGGGCAGCAGCAAGGCCCAGAAACCGCUGGAGGCCUCCUGGAAGGGAGAGUUUCUGCAGGGACAGCGGGCACAGGGAACUGAACCCAGCCCUGCUGAUAUUGUGAUUUCUGAGAAAAAGCAGGACAUGCCUGUUUUCUAGCUAGGAGGAUUGCUCCUUUUUGGCCAAAUCUACGGAGAAGUAGAAAAAUCAAGGCAGUUCAUCAACCUUUCCACGUCUUGGAAUGGUGCUGAAAAACCCUCUCCAACACUGUGGAUGGAGAUCGGAGAAACGCAACUGUGGUUUCUCUUGAUUUCUGAGGAUCUCGGAAGUUUCUGCAGACUUGCUUGCUAUGUGUUAUUCCUUUGCAAAAGGAAAGAUCAUCAUAGCAUGAGGGAUGGGAAUAGCAGGGUGUACUUAACCCAGUAAAUGCAAUUUCCUAAAUGACUCCAUGUUAUGGAGGUGAUUCUGAUUCAAAUAGCAUGAUCCAUGCUUAUUAUUUAAGGCUGAUUUUUAAAAUCUGUGUUGCAAGGGCAACCUCGUCCAUUUUAACUGGCACCUCAGGGAUUACAGUCCUAUUUUUUAGAAUAGUUCCCACUUCAUUUAUGAAAAUGAAUAGAACUAUUAUAUUAUGGGAGAAGUGUCAGUGAAGUAGAAAAUAUCAAUAACCUCAAAGGAUGAAGGGUUUUUAUUUUAAAUAGUUUAUAAAAUAUAUACUGACAUGCACAUUUGAAAAUGCUGCAUAAAAAUAAAAGUGGUAUGUUUUCCCCCUCUUUGGAGACAAGAAAAUUUUAUUAUGACUCUAGAUAAUUGCAAUUUUAAACAUUUUUUUGUUUUUUUAAAGUUUGGAUUUCAAAGAAAAGAAUGGAAAUGAGAGGUAAGGAUUAAAGCCAAAGUUAGGAUGGGAAUAAAAAAAUAAACAUUACAUAAAAUCUU